AUGACGCUUCGCCAUUACCUUCCAGCAUUAUGCGCCACCAGCGAGAAGCGUGCUGCACUGUACGUCCUUGGCGCGAGGGCCGAAGCGACAAUGCCCAAGCACAUGUGGGGCGUCCUGAACCCGCACCGCGUGCAUCUCACGAUGGUCGGCAACCACGUCCCCGUGUUUCGGAAGCUCCCGUCCGACGAUAGCGACGACGCAGUUCACGUGAGUUUUCGCAGCUCGCUCUUCCACGAGAUGGCGCCGUCGACGCCGUCGCCCGAUGCAUUCGUGCUCUUCAACCCAGGGCUGGGCCAUCCCGCGCUCUCUGCACUCUGGGCGCCGUCGCUCUCGAUGGCCCUUGCGACGCGCAAGCCGCUGCUCAUCACGUGCUUCAGCGCAAUCGACUUGCACCGGGACCUCACGGCGUUGGAGGCGAGCGCGUCGACCCUUUGUGGGCACCUUCACUUUACGCGCUCGGCGCAGCUCAACCCGUUCCAAAGCCGCAAGGCGACCGUGGACCCUGCGGCGCUCCUCGCCCCCGUGCACACCAACCAGUACGCGAUGGUCGUCCGCCUCACCGACUAG